AUGCCUGAUCCACUGCUCCCAGGCCCCUCACAGGAAGAACCCCUCAGGGCAUCUCAGCCUGAGACAGAGGUCACCAAACCUCAGCGUGGCAAACGCGGCCGAACGACGCUGGGAUCCAAACCGCGGGGCUCGGCGGUGCGGGGGGGGGGAGCCCGGCAAGAGGAGCAGAUGCUCGGGUCCCCGGCCCGGGGCUGCCCGCGCGUCCCGGCAGCCGUCUCCACACACACGCGUUCGCUGUCCGCUCGGAUCUGGGGCCUGAAGCUGCAGCCGGUCCAACCCAGCCGAGGGCAGGAGCCUCGGGAGCGCAAAGAUGCUGUUAAGGCCGCGCUGAGCCUUCAUCAGCCGCAGAGCGCGGCCAGGUGGUGCGCGCUCUCAGCAACCCCGAGAGGGCCGCCGGGCCACAGGGCCCCGGUCUCCUGA